UCACAACCUUCUCACCAAGAAAAUGGCCAUCCCAAGAAACUCUCUCGGAGCCUUCCUUAGACAAGCAAAAGCUACUCUGAAAACAGCCAUCGACAAAAAACAAAAAGUCACCCUGGUCAUCGGCAAUGAAUCAGCAGAUCUCGACUCCAUCACAAGUUCAAUCGUUUAUGCAUAUCUAAGAUCCAUUACUCACUCAACACAAACAUCNCCCACCCUCCACAUCCCCCUCUUGAACAUUCCCGCAGCAGACAUAUCUCUACGCCCUGAACUGCUAGCCCUCCUCCCACACGCAAACAUUCAAGAAGACCAUCUCAUCACACUAGAUGACCUCCCAGACCUCUCUUCCAUCAACCAAUCGCUAGUGCCAGAAUCUACACGAUGGGUUUUGGUCGACCAUAACGCUCUGCAAGGCAAACUCGGCAAAAUCUAUGGCGCACGCGUGGUAGGCGUAAUCGACCACCACGCCGACGAAAACAAAGUGCCAGCAGACACGGGCGAAGAACCUCGUGUGAUAGAAACCAGUGGCAGUUGCACAAGUUUAAUCAUAAACCAUUGCCGCAAUGCUUGGGACAGUCUAUCUCUGGGCACAUCCACCACAGCAGCAGCAAAUGCACAAGGCGGCAGCUUACAAGAAGAUGCAACCAUGACUUCACUCUGGGAUGCACAGGUCGCGCAACUAGCCCUCGCCUCCAUACUCAUCGAUACCACAAACCUGCAAGACAAACACAAGACCACCCACCACGAUCACGUCGCCAUAACCUACCUCCUCGCAAAAAUAACCCAAUGCCCCCAGCUAUCCACUCAGUUCGACAGAACCACCUUCUUCAACAAAAUUAAUGAAGCAAAAAGAGAUCUCAACUCCCUCUCUUUCAACGAGAUACUCAGAAAAGACUAUAAACAAUGGACAGAGAACGGACUCGAUCUUGGCACCAGUGCAGUCGUCCAACCAAUCUCCUUCCUAAAAUCCAAACUCAGCAGCGACAAAAACGACAACUCCUCCUCCUCCUCCUCUUCUCUCCUCCACGCAGCAAAAUCCUUCGCUGCCUCUAGAGACCUCUGCAUCUUUUCCAUCAUGACAGCCUAUGAAUCCUCCCCNCCGGGGACUUUUGCCAGAGAAGUCGCGGUGUUGGCAGUAGACGACAGGGGCUUUACUGCUUGCGAAAAGUUCGCCGAGGAAGGAAAGGAAAAGCUGCAAUUGGAUGAAGAGGAUGCCGAAGAGAGUGGUGAGCAUUGGUUCAGGGUCUGGAAACAAGGCAAUCUCUCGGCUAGCAGGAAGCAGGUCGCUCCGUUAUUGAGGNNGGAGGCUAUGGCGGGG